GUGGCCUCCGCGCCUUCCUGCCCCGGCAGCCGGGAGCCGCCGAGGGCGCCGAGGACAGGGCUGCCAGGCCGCGGUGCUCCUGUGGCCCAGCCUGAGCCGGAGCAGGGGGACCCGUGGGACCACCCGCAGCUGAACCAGAGCAGAGGGACCCGUGGGACCACCUGCAGCUGAGCCAGAGCAGAGGCACCCACAGCCAAGCCGGACCAGAGGGACUCACGGGACCAUCGUGCUGCAGGCAGCAUGGCGCAGUGGCAGGAGGUGCAGAGUUUGGCCAACGCCUACCUGGAGCAGGUCCACCAGCUGUACGCCAGGGCGGAGCUGCCCAUGGCGGUGCGGCAGUGCCUGGCCGCCUGGAUCGAGGACCAGAACUGGCGCCAGGCAGUCGAGCCACUCUCGUCCCAUGCCCGGAUGCUCUUCCACUCCUUGCUGGCGCUGCUGGGUGAGCGCCUGGGCAGCCCGGGGCUGGGCGACGAGGACUUCAUGCUGAAGCACAACCUGCGCAAGGCCCGCCGUGACCUCCAGGCCGAGUUCGAGGAGUGUCCGGAGAAGUUCGCCAACCUGGUGGCUAACCUGCUGCAGGAGGAGCGACGGAUCCUGCGCCUGGGGCAGGCGGGGGAGCAGGGUGGGGCUGCCCCGGCCCCUGGCACACCCCCGGAGAGUGACCGGGAGCAGCAGAUCCGGCGGCGCCUGGCCGAGUUCCAUGUGGCCCUGCAGGAGGCCGAACGCGCCUUCCGGCACUUGGAGGACCUGCAGGACGCCUUCGACUUCUGCUUCAAGGUGCACUACCUGCCAGGCGAGGACAGGACCAGUGACCCCCAGUACGCCCAGCAGGUCCAAGCUCUCCAGGCCAAGCUGCAGAUCCUGGACCGGCAGCGGCGGGAGGUGCUGGCUCAGAUGCAGCAGCUUCUGGGUCGCAGCGAGACCCUGCGGGACUUCCUGCAGCAGGAGCUGGGGGCUUGGCGGGAGCGGCAGCAGCGUGCCUGCCUGGGGGCCCCCACCGACACCCGCCUGCACCUGCUGGAGACCUGGUUCACAGAGCUGGGCCAGGGGCUCUUCCAGCUGCUGCAGCUGCUGCGGGCACUGGGGGACCUGCGGCAGAAGGUGACCUAUGAGAGGGACCCGCUGAAGGCAGAGACCCCCCUCCUGGAGCGGCGGCUGCGGGAGCUGCUCUCCUACCUGCUGCAGAGUGCCUUCGUGGUGGAGCAGCAGCCCAGCAUGCCCAACGCCUACAAGCGCCCGCUGGUGCUGCGCACGGCCACCAAGUUCUCGGCCCGCGCCCGCCUGCUCGUCCGCCUCCACGACCGCAACCACCGCAUGGAGGCCAAGAUCCACAUCGACAGGGACCCCCCCAAGAUAAAAGGGUUUCGCAAGUUCAACAUCCUGACCUCAAGCAGCAAAACCCUCCUGGCAGGGGACAGUCCCCAGGACGGGCUGGUCUGCGACUUCCAGUACCUCACGCUGAAGGAGCAGAAGGACAGCAGGUCAGGCAAGGGCAGCAAAGGCACCGGUGAGGGUCCCCUGGUCGUGACAGAGGAGCUGCACCUCAUCACCUUCACGCUGGCGUACGCCUACUGCGGGCUGGAGCUGGAGCUGGAGACCUCCACGCUGCCCUUCGUCAUCAUCUCCAACAACAACCAGCUCUCCAGCGCCUGGGCCUCCAUCCUCUGGUUCAACAUGCUCAGCAGCGACCCUAAGGAGCAGCAGUUUUUCUCCGCGCCGCCCCUGGCACCCUGGCCCCGGCUGGCCGAGGUGCUGAGCUGGCAGUUUGAGAGCGUGGCUGAGCGGGGCCUGAGCAAGGACCACCUCCUCAUGCUGGCCGAGAAGCUCUUCGGUAAGGCUGGGUGCCAGCCCCAAGCCUCCUGGGGCUGGGACGGGGGCCGUGCUGCCCCCCCUCACCCUGCUCUUGCCUCAAAGGCUCAAAGCCAUCUGUGGAGAGCACCCUGGCCUGGCCCAAGUUCUCCAAGGGCUGACGGUACCUCCCCUAGGCUCAUCCUGGGCUUCGUGAGCCGAAAGCAAGAGAAGAAGCUGCUGAAGGGCAAGCGGACGGGCACGUUCCUGAUACGGUUCAGCGAGAGUGUCCUGGGGGGGGUCACCUGCACUUGGGUAGAGCACCCUACCAGUGGGCCCCCCGCUUUCCGUGCGGUGGUUCCCUACACCACGGCCGAGCUAGCGUCCCUGGCGCUGCCCGACAUCAUCCGCGACUACCAGCUGCUGGUGGAGGAGAACAUCCCCGAGAACCCCCUCCAGUUCCUGUACCCUGACAUCGCCCGCGACGAGGCCUUCGGACCCUACUACAGCCAGCGGCAGGAGGGGAACCUCACGGAGCAGAAGAAAUACCUGAACCGGCGCCUCAUCCGUGUGUCCUCCAGGCAGGCAAAUGAGUCGUGGCAGACAGAAGAGGAGUUGGUGGCUGCCACGGAAAACCUGGAGACGCUGCAGCUGCAGCCUGGUGGCCUGGGGACACAGCAGCCCAGUGGCCUGGCACCACUGCAGCCCGGGACCUCAGGGACACUGCAGCCCAGGGACAGGGGGAUGCUGCAUGUCACAUCUGGGAACCUGGGGACGCUGCAGUCCUCAAGCCCAGGGACAGCGCAGGGCAUGGCUGCGAGCCCGGGGAUGCUGCAGCCCGGGGGCUCGGGGACACUGCAGCCAGGGCCCCAAGGCCUGGAACCACCACGGCCACAGCAGGUGGGAUCAGGGGUCUCAGAGAUGCUGCAGCCAGGGAUUGGGGACCUGGAGCCGCAGUUGGUGCUGCAGCUGGUCCCCGAGGGCCAGGGGACACUGCAGGUGGGACCGGGGGGUCUGGGGACGCUGCAGGUGCUGCAAGGAGGGCUGGGGAUACUGCAGCAUGUGGCACCCAAGGACCAGGGGACACAGCAAGCGGGAGCUGGGGCCCUGGAGCCGCAGCUGGUGGCUGGGGACACGGGGAUGCUGCAGCAAGUGGGAGUUGGGGAUGCAGGGCUGCUGCAGCCAGUGCUGGGAGCUGUGCAGCCGCUGCUGCUCCCUGAGGGGCAGGGGACACUGCAACCAGAGCUGAGGGACCUGGAGCCACUGCCCGGGAGCCCGGAUGUGCAGGAGCUUCUGCAGUCACUGACGGAGGGGCUGAAGCCAGGCUCGGGGAUGCUGGAGACGCUGGAGGUGGCGGAGCUCAUGCCUGACAUGCUGGAUGUCAUGAAUGGGGGGCUGGAGGGGCUGGGCCCCAGGCUGGCAGGCGGCACCGCGCUCCUGGACUCCCACGACCCAUUCCUGCCACAGCCCGAGGACGCAGCCCUGCCCACCGUGAGCUCCCUCUUCACUGCUGCAGCCGACUUCCCUCCGCUCCACAUCGACGCCAAUGACUUCCAGUAACUCCCCCU